AUGGCCUCUUCUCCCUCUCAAACGUCAAACCAAAGUGCAUCAACACAUCAAGUCCUCCACCGCCUCGGAAACACCUUCUCACACGUUCAGUACGCUGUCUGCGGCGACGCGGCGCUGAUAGCGUACGGCCAUGACUCCCGCUCUGCGUCCCACGUUACUGUCAUCUGCCCGGCCUAUGCCCAAGAGGUCAUGAAGGCGUGGGCGGCUGCUGCCAGCGGAAUGCUUAAUUAUCCGGGUGAACCGGACACUCUCGGCGUCUCCGACGAAGAGGGACAGGUGUGGCCGGUGAAGAUGAGGACCAUGGCAUUUGAGCGUAGCUUUGAGAUGCUGCCGACUGUGAGUCUCUGCUUUGGGGAUGACUCCUCUCCCACAACGAUCUUGACGAUGCCGGCUCUCGUAAACGAGAUUGCUCUUUCGUAUGUUGUUGACAGGCAUAUAGAGGAAGAGGGGUUCCUGGAUGACCUUGCAGUAGACCUGGUUUGGCUCCUGCAGAACAUCAUCGAAAACAGCAGUCCAGCCCAAGCUCUCAAUGCACAGAACGCGUCCGCUAUCAGCAACCCUAUUUUCUGGUAUGAUUUUACAGACGCGUAUCCCGAACUAGCUGGACUAUUCUACGAUGCUGGAUAUCGGCCUGAAGGGUCCCAGGGAGACGUCAGCCAGGUGAGUGAUGUGGUACCGGCUGAUCUCAAAGCUCUGCCCCUGCGAGAGAUCAUUGCGAUAGGUAGAAGACGCUCCAGCGGCAGGCCCGAUGCCGAGCUGCGGCGCCAAGUGCUGGAGAGGCCGAACUUGACUAGAGCGGAGCUCAGGAAGGUGAUAAGGGAUCAUCCAUCGUCCAGGCGCAGGCCGUCGGGUCCGGACGGCUCAAGGACAGGAGCUUCAAGGAAGUAA